AUGGACCUCGUCAAUAAGCUGGUGGCUCAGGGCCAGUUCAGGGUACUGAAGGUUCCUCUGGGCUUCAUUAAGGCCUUACAAUGGUUCUUCGCCAUCUUUGCCUUCUCCACCUGUGGAAGUUAUUCUGGGAUGUUCCGGAUGUCGGUGGAUUGUAAGAACCGGACCGACAGCGACCUGAAUAUCGAGGUGGAGUUUGAGUAUCCGUUCAGACUCCACCAGGUGGUCUUCGACGCCCCCACCUGUAGGGGCGGGAACAAGGACCAGGUGUUCCUGGUCGGCGACUACUCGUCCUCCGCCGAGUUCUUCGUCACCAUCGGCGUCUUCGCGUUCCUCUACGCCACCGCGGCGCUCAGCGUCUACGUCUUCUUCUACGACAAGUACAAAGAGAACAACAAGGGCCCGCUGAUCGACCUGGCGGUGACGGCCGUCUUCUCCUUCAUGUGGUUGGUGAGCUCGGCGGCGUGGGCCAAAGGUCUCUCUGACGUGAAGACGGCCACCAACCCGGACAAGGUCGUCACGCUGAUCUUGGCCUGUGAGGAUGAGGAGAACCACUGCCGUGAGAUCCACGACCCGGUCAUGUCCGGACUCAACACCUCUGUGGCGUUUGGCUUCAUAAACCUGAUCCUGUGGUCGGGUAACCUGUGGUUCGUCUUUAAGGAAACGGGCAUCAUCGCUCCCUUCAUGAGAGCUCCGCCUCCUCAGGAGAAGGCCGCCGCCCCGGACGCUUAUGGCCAGCAGGGGGCGUAUGAAGCGGACCCGUACGCCGGGCAGCAGGGCGGAUACCAGCCAGAGUAUAGCCAGCAGGGAUACAACCAGGAAGCAGAGCUCGCUCAGGGCUACGGCCAGCAGGGGGCGCCAACCUCCUUCUCCAAUCAGAUGUGA